UAUGACUGGAGGCUAUGGUGGUGCACCACAAAAUGUUGGCGCUUAUGGUGGUGGUUAUCGUGGCAACAAUUUUAACCCCAUGCUGGCCAAUGGCGGUUUCUACAACAAUGCCAACGGCGGAGGCUUUCAACCACGUGCCAAAAAUCCCAAUUUUGUACCACGUCAUCAAAAGCCACAAAACGGUGGAGGCUAUCAGGGCAAUAACCCCUACAAGCCCUCAAUUAACAUGGCUAAUUUGUCAAAGGAAGAACGUGCUGAAUUGCAGCGUGAAAAAGCCAAAAAUCCCGGACGUACUCUCUCCACACCGGAGUGGCAAAAUUUGCAACCAUUCAAAAAGAAUUUCUAUAAUCCCCAUCAGAACACCUUGAACAUGAGCGAACAGCAAGUUGCUGAGAUGCGUGCUGAAUUACAGAUUACCGUGUCGGGUAAUGACAUUCCACAUCCAAUUGCUUCAUUCGAAGAGUGCACUCUGCCCGAAUACACCAUUGAGGAAAUGAAACGUCAAGGUUUCACCAAACCAACAGCAAUUCAGGCUCAAGGUUGGCCAAUUGCUCUAUCUGGACGUGAUUUGGUUGGUAUUGCCCAGACCGGAUCGGGCAAGACAUUGGCCUAUAUGUUGCCAGCUAUGGUACACAUUGCCAAUCAACCGCCAUUGCAACGUGGCGAAGGACCCAUCGCCUUGGUAUUGGCACCCACACGUGAAUUGGCCCAACAGAUUCAGUCGGUGGUACGUGACUUUGGUCAUUUGUGCAAACCCGAAAUCCGUCACACUUGCAUCUUUGGUGGCUCCUCUAAAGUACCACAGGCCCGCGAUUUGGAUCGUGGCGUUGAAGUGAUUAUUGCCACACCUGGUCGUCUCAUUGAUUUCCUUGAAAAUCGUAACACAAAUUUACAACGUUGUACCUAUUUGGUAUUGGAUGAAGCUGAUCGUAUGUUGGAUAUGGGUUUUGAGCCUCAAAUUCGUAAAAUUAUUGAACAAAUUCGUCCCGAUCGUCAAGUUGUUAUGUGGUCUGCCACAUGGCCCAAAGAGGUGCAAGCCUUGGCUGGUGAUUUCCUCAACGAUUACAUACAAAUUAAUAUUGGUUCAAUGAAUCUUUCGGCGAAUCAUAACAUCCGUCAAAUUGUCGAGGUAUGCCAGGAAAACGAAAAGCCACAACGCGUUGUCAAGCUGUUGAAUGAAAUAUUGCCAACCACAAAUAAUGCGGCUAACAAUAGCAAUAAAAUUAUUAUUUUUGUGGAAACGAAAAUUAAGGUUGAAGAAAUCUUACAAAUCAUUCGCAAUGAAGGCUAUACAGCCACCUCCAUACACGGCGAUAAAUCUCAAGCCGAACGUGAUUCAACCUUGAAAGAUUUCCGCAAUGGUAAGUCGAAUAUUUUAAUUGCCACUGAUGUAGCUUCGCGUGGUUUGGAUGUUGAAGAUUUGCAGUAUGUCAUCAAUUAUGAUUAUCCCAAUUCAUCGGAGAAUUAUGUACAUCGUAUUGGCCGUACGGGACGUUGCCAACAAUUGGGCACAGCCUAUACAUUCUUUACACCCGACAAUGCCAAACAGGCCAGAGAAUUAUUAUCGGUUUUGGAAGAAGCUGGCCAACAGCCAAAUCCAGCUUUAGUUGAAAUGGCCCGUUCAAUGGGUGGUGGUAAUGGCAAUGGACGCAAUAACAACAAUAGACGUUGGAAUCAAAAUGGCGGUGGCAAUCAACAACAACAACAACAACGUAAUAAUCCCUUGAAUUAUCAGGCAAAUGGAAAUGCCGCCAAUGGCUAUGGCAAACCCAGUUACCAACAAUAUGGUGGCAACAGUUAUCAAAAUGGUGGUGGAGCACCUAAAAAUGGUGCCGCUGGCGCUAUGGGCAAUUGGAAUAAUCGUUCUAAUGGCCAGUAUAAUAAUGCAGCCAAUGGUGGUCAAGAUCAAGCUAAUAGAACUUAUCGUCCAAGGGCACCGUUUAAUGCCCCCAAUGGUGCUGGACCGCGUCCAGUAAUGGGAGGCUUUAUGCAUCCUCAUAUGCCACCCCACAUGCAGCAGGGAGCCAAUGGUUAUAUUCCACAACAACAAUAUCGUCCACGUGGCCAAUAUAUGCCGCCAAAUGGCAAUGCCCCCCGAUUCCAACAGCAGCAGCAACAAUACCAGAAACGUGACUAUCAGCAGCAACAGCAAAUGAAUGGUGCUGCUGGUCCAUAUAAUAAACAACAACAGCAGCAAAACGGUCAAAUGAUGGAUAACAAUCAGCAGGGACAAAAUGAUAAUGCCGCAGCUAUGGCAGCAGCAGCCGCCCAACAACAGCAACAACAGAUGAAUAAUAUUGCUGCAGCCGUGGCAGCCGCUGGUGGUCAAGUCGAGUAUCCUAGCAAUGUGUCGACACCACCUGCCGGCGCUUUAUAUGCUGCACCAGCUCAGUCGCCACCAGCAACCGCCGGUGCUUAUAUGUAUGAUGCCAGUGGUAUGUUGGCUGCGGCCGCUGCUGCUGCCGGCAAUCCUUAUGCUGGUCAAUAUGGACCACCAGCCACAGCCUACUAUGCUCAUCCGCAUCAGUUUGCGGCAGCCACAGCCAAUGGCAAUGGAGCUGCUACACCGGAAAUUAUUGCCCAGCAACAGUAA